AUGCCAGAGUCUGUUGCCGUGAUAGGAGCCGGGCUGGUCGGGUGUCUGGCCGCCGUCGCGCUCGCGAAGAGAAACUACGACGUCACGCUGUUCGACUACCGCCACGACCCGCGGCUGGCGUCGACGUCAGACCGUAACCUCCGCUCCAUCAACCUCGCCAUCUCCGCGCGCGGGAUCACCGCUCUGCAGUUCGUCGACCGCGCCAUGAGCGAGCGGGUGCUGCGCGAAAUCAUCCCCAUGCGCGGCCGCAUGAUCCACGACACGCUCGGCCACCAGGAGCCCCAGAACUACGGGCUCUUCGGCGAGUGCAUCAACUCCAUCGACCGCGCCGUGCUCAACAACAGCCUGCUGGACGAGCUCGAGGCGUACCCCAACAUCAAGCUGCAGUUCGGCCACAAGCUGGCGCGCAUCGCGUUCGGCGCCCGCCACCAGACCUGCGAGUUCACCACCACCUCGGCUGCCGGGCCGCAGUCCGACGCGCGCGCGCGCUUCGACUUCGACUUCGUCGUCGGCUGCGACGGCGCCUACUCCACCACCCGGUCGCAGAUGCAGCGCGUCAUCCGCAUGGACUACGCCCAGGAGUACAUCGACUGCUGCUACAUCGAGCUCUACAUCCCGCCCGCCAAGGACGUCAACCCCGCGUACGGCGGGAAAUUCUCCAUUUCCCCCAACCACCUCCACAUCUGGCCGCGCCACAACUACAUGCUGAUCGCGCUCGCCAACGCCGACGGCUCCUUCACGUCCACGUUUUUCGGGCCCUGGUCGCUCGUCGAGAGCCUCGACUCCACCUCCAAGAUCGAGGCUUUCUUCGUCGAGAAUUUCCCCGAUGCCGUCGAUCUCAUCGGUCUCGACGAGGCUGUCUACGCCUUCGAAAACCACCCCAAGGGCGCCCUCAUGUGCGUCGAGUGCAAACCGUACCACGUCGCGGGCAAGGCCAUCAUCCUGGGCGACGCGGCUCACUCCAUGGUCCCCUUCUAUGGGCAGGGCAUGAACUGCGGGUUCGAGGACGUGCGAGUCCUCAUGCAGAUCCUCGACCAGAACCAUGGCAACAGGGCGCGUGCUUUCGACGAGUACACCGCGCAACGACACAAGGAUCUUGUGUCCAUCAUAGAGUUGGCGAAAAAUAACUACAAAGAAAUGUCCCACAAGGUCACUUCCAAGUGGUUUUUGCUGAGAAAAAAACUAGACACCAUCCUGGGGAGAACUUUGAAAGACAGAUGGUUGCCCUUGUACACCAUGGUUUCCUUCAGGGCCGACAUCCCGUACCACAAGGCAAUUGAAGUGGAGAAGAGACAAAAGCGUAUCUUAGUUUACUUGCAAGCCGUCGUUAUCUUGGCCACCUCUGUUGGCGGUUACGGUGUGUUCAAAGCACUGCGCAAGGCUCUCAGACGCCUUCAGUAA